CUCCCAGGCAAUCCUAGCGCAGGAGGCGGGGUGAGUCGGAGUACGGGUGGGGGAAACAUUGCCGGCGUGCUAGCAGAUGAGAACAUGACCGACUCUGCGAAUGGACCGACAGCAGAACCGGAGCACGCGCUCAGGCGGCCUCAGUUCGGUACCCGCUUUCUCACAGACCCGCGGGAAGUGUUUCAGCACAACGCCUGGGAUAAUGUGCAGUGGUCCGAAGAGCAGGAAAAUGCAGCCCGGAGAAAAGUGCAGGAGAACAGCGAGCCUCUUGCAGCAGAGAAACAAGAUGAUUUUGAGAAUAGAGCUAAUGAGUACUGGAACGACUUCUAUGCCAUCCAUGAGAACCGCUUCUUUAAGGACCGCCACUGGCUCUUCACUGAGUUCCCUGAGCUCGGCCCUCAGCAUUCCCGGAGUCCAGGAGAAGGAACAACGUCAGAUGAGGAGCUCAUCCACAUUACAGAAAAGCUGGAGCUGAAUGGUGAAGAGACGCAUGCGCCUGUCACAGAAGAAGCAGCAGUGUUUCCUGGAGCCUCAGCCUCUUACCGCAUUCUGGAGGUAGGCUGUGGAGUUGGCAAUACAGUCUUCCCAAUUCUGAAGACAAACAAUGAUCCAGGCCUUUUUGUGUACUGCUGCGAUUUCUCCAGCACAGCUAUUGACCUCGUCAAGUCUAAUCCGGAGUACAACCCAUCUCGAUGUCACGCCUUCGUCCAUGACCUGAGUGAUGUCACAGCUGCUUAUCCAAUGCCAGAGCAGAGCCUCGAUGUCAUUGUUCUCAUAUUCGUCCUCUCCGCUCUCCACCCUGAAAAGAUGCAAAGCUCGAUCAGCAAGCUGGCCAGUUUGCUCAAACCUGGAGGAGUUCUGUUACUGCGGGACUAUGGACGUUACGACAUGGCCCAGCUUCGUUUUAAAAAGGGAAGAUGUUUAUCCGAAAAUUUCUAUGUCAGAGGAGACGGAACGCGAGUCUAUUUUUUCACGCAAGAAGAGCUACACGAUCUAUUCUGUGGAGCCGGUCUGGAGAAGGUGCAGAAUUUAGUGGACAGGAGGCUGCAGGUGAACAGAGGGAAACAGCUGACCAUGUACAGAGUCUGGGUGCAGUGUAAAUACCGCAAAAACACGAAGCCUCUGCAACCUGCGGCACGGGACUGAGACAAGAAAGCAAGGAAAUCCACUGAACUGGAUCAGACACUGAACCUCUGAUGAUUUGGAAAUUAGAACCAUAAAAACUGAAUAUGUGGUUGGAAGGCGACGGGUCCUCUCAGUGGCAGUAGAAGAAAGUGGAUGGGGAACUUUAAAUCCUAUCAUUCCUUACUGCCCACGUGAACAUGCUUUUAACAUGCUUUUAAAUGCUUUUAAACAUUUAUAUUGUAAAAAUAAAAUGGGGCAUGGUUUUCAUAAAUACCA